UUAAGAUGUGAUAAUUAAUGCAGUGAUAGCACAAUAUAAAAAUAACAAUGGAUAUCUCUCAACGUGAGAAUGUUAAAACUUUUUUGCAUUAGAAACUUUUUUCCUCAGUUAUGGCAGAUAGCAGUUCAACCAAUAUUAGAAAUGAAUACCCAUUUCCAACAGAACAGCUUACUGAGGAACCGGAAUCUUUUAUGAGUUCAUCUUCAGCCGGUGGUUUGAAUAAAUUGAGAACUCCAUACUACUCUUAUCACGUUGAUAAGACCAUUAAAAAUGUGAGUUUUCAGCUUUAGUGCCUGUGAACAGAAUGAUAUGAGUGUGCCAUGAGAUACAUAAUUUGUAGCGCGCUGUUUGUUCAAUAGAUAGAAUAUUUCAUGCAUAAAACGCGAUAUCAACGCUGGUUUACUGUAAAAUAUAUUAAAUGGACAAUUAAAGAAUAACGUAAUAAAUAUUGAUUUGUUUGUCAUUCUAAUACUAUUACGUUAUCUCAUUAAUGGAUACAAAAAAGGGUGAUUCUCAUUAUUGGGCUAGACGUUCUUCUUAUAAAGCCGAACCAUCCUCUGGCACUUCUCCAAUGACACCAGAAGAAGAAGUAACUGAUCAAGUUAAAAGUGAACUCGAAGACCCACAAGUUAAAAGCGAAUUGGAGGAUCUUUACACUCGUUUUCAUAAAUGUCUUGAUUUACGUGAUAAAUAUAUGGCAUUAUCAUUGCAAGGACCAAGUGACAAUCCUAAAGAUAGUGACGAAUGGAAAAUUUAUCCUUCACAAUAUGAAAAUAAAAAGAAAGAAGUUGGUAGUGGUUUUGAGUUCGAGAAGUGCGAAAUUCCCACAGAACAUGAAUAUACCUUCAGAUUAGAUGAAGGUGGCGUUUAUAAAGUUUAUAAAACACAAGAAGAUAAUAGUUCAGCUUACGAAGUUCCAAGUGUCAGAGAUUAUUUUAUGGACCUUGAUGAUAUUUUAAAUAUAAUUUCUGAUGGUCCAGCAAAAAGUUACGCAUAUAGAAGGCUUCGUUAUUUAGAAAGUAAAUGGAACAUGUAUUCACUUUUAACAGAAUAUCAGGAAAUUGCUGAUUCAAAGAAAGUUCCACAUAGAGAUUUUUAUAAUGUUAGGAAGGUUGAUACACACGUCCAUUUAUCUUCAUGUAUGAAUUCUAAGCACUUGCUUCGCUUUAUUAAAGCAAAAUUGAAAAAAUCUCCAAAUGAUGAAGUUAUUUUCAGAGAUGGCAAAGUACUUACGCUGGCUAAAGUAUUUAAAAGUCUGAAUUUAUCUGCGUACGAUCUUAGUAUUGAUACUUUAGAUACUCAUGCCCAUAAAGACACAUUCCACCGAUUCGACAAAUUCAAUUUGAAAUAUAAUCCAGUUGGAGAAUCUCGUUUAAGGGAAAUAUUUUUGAAAACGGAUAAUUAUAUUGAUGGAAGAUAUUUUGCUGAGCUUACUAAAGAGGUGAUUUCAGAUUUAGAAGCAAGCAAAUACCAGAUGGCUGAAUAUCGCGUUUCUAUUUAUGGACGCUCAACAUCUGAAUGGGAUAAACUUGCAAAAUGGAUCAUAAAUAAUAAAUUAAUUUCGCCAAAUGUUCGUUGGUUAAUUCAGAUACCAAGACUUUAUAAUGUUUACAAAGCUACCGGAACUUACGAAUGUUAUGAAUGUGUUAUCAAAAAUAUCUUCGAACCUUUGUACGAGGUAACUAAAAAUCCUAGAUCUCAUCCCGAGUUACAUGUUUUCCUUCAACGCGUGGUAGGAUUCGAUAGUGUGGACGAUGAAUCUAAAGCAGAACGUCGCAUACACAAGAAGUAUCCAUGCCCGAAAGAGUGGAAUACUGGCCUUAAUCCGCCAUAUUCUUAUUAUUUAUAUUAUAUGUUCGCAAAUAUGGUCAGUUUGAAUCAAUGGAGAAAGGCUAGAGGCUUUAAUACAUUCGUUCUUCGACCCCAUGCUGGUGAAGCUGGUGAUACUGAUCAUUUAACUUCUGCUUUCCUGACGUCACAAUCCAUAUCUCACGGUAUUUUGUUGCGUAAAGUUCCUGCAUUGCAAUAUCUUUAUUAUCUUAAACAGAUUGGAAUUGCUAUGUCGCCUUUAUCAAACAAUGCAUUAUUUUUAAAUUAUGAGAGAAAUCCAUUCUUGAGUUUCUUUCAAAAAGGCUUAAAUAUAAGUUUGAGUACAGAUGACCCGCUACAAUUCCAUUUCACAAAGGAACCACUGAUAGAAGAAUAUAGUGUUGCUGCUCAGAUUUGGAAAUUGUCGGCGUCAGAUAUGUGUGAACUUGCACGUAAUUCGGUUAUACAAAGUGGAUUUGAAAUGGCAGUCAAGAAACAUUGGUUAGGGAAAGAUUGGCGUUUACCUGGGCCAGAUGGAAAUUAUAUUCACAAAACAAACGUUCCUGAGAUCAGAAUGAAAUUCCGUUAUGAUACUUUAACGGAAGAAUUGAGGAUGAUUGAAAAGUAUUCAAAAUUUAAGAAAGAACCUAUUGACAAAAUUACGGAUACGAUGACAAAAACUGGAGAUAAACCUUUAUCGUAUGGAAAUGAAAGUCCAGGAGGUAAUAAUGAUCUUCGUCAAGGUAAUAUAUAUGAAAUGUCUUGGAUAUAGAAGGAUAAAACAAUAUUCAAACAACUUGCAUCGUAAGAAAUGAUUUGCUUUUCAGCUUCUAUCAAAUUCAUGAAAACUUUAUGAGAAGACCAUUUAAAAGAACUGAUGCCAUUCCUUUCCAAAUUAUAUCCAACUUAUAAUAGAUAUUAAUAUAUCAUGUUCCAUUAAAAAUUAAUUUAUAUUGACAAAUUAAAUGUAAUCAUUGUAAGCAUAUAACUUUAUAAAAGAAACAUUAAAACUAUAAUAGUUU